AAACACAAUUUUAUUGGUUGUAUAAUAAUAACUUGUCACUUACAAAGGAAAGCAAGUCUUUUCUUCUUCUCUACUAUUUUUUGCCGGCAAAACAAAAAAAAAGGGAAACUUUAGCCGGAAACGAGGGUUUUUUCCCCACUGAUCGAUUAAAGGCUUCAAUAAAUUCAUCUUUAUAAAUAUUUGUUUAUGAACGUUUUGUUAAAUUCGCUUUUAAAAAGUUUCUGUUUUUAGAGAUAUUAUAACAAGAACAAUCAUAAUUAUUGUAUAAAUUUGAUUUGUUUUGGUUUGAUCGGACGAUGGAGGAUUUUUCGAGCAGCGACGAGGAUUAUUACUAUUCGUCCGAUCGAGAUUCCCUUGACGGUUUCGAGAAUGACGAGUCCGAUUCUCAGUGGGUCACUUCCAGGAGUCCCACUACAAAGGUUAUUACAAAAGAAUCACUUUUAGCUGCACAGAGGGAGGAUUUAAGGAGAGUAAUGGACAUGUUAUCUAUAAGGGAACACCAUGCUCGAACUUUACUAAUCCAUUACCGAUGGGAUGUUGAGAAAUUGCUAGCCGUGCUGGUGGAGAAUGGAAAAUCGUACUUGUUCGCCUCGGCAGGUGUUUCUGUUGUUGAGGGUGAGCAUACAGGAACCUCUGUAUUGUCGUUGUCAUCUACAUCCAUGUGUGAGAUAUGCAUUGAGGAGUUACCGGUUGAUAAGAUGACGAAAAUGGAAUGCGGGCACGGGUUUUGCAAUGACUGUUGGACGGAACAUUUCGUUGUGAAAAUAAAUGAAGGACAAAGUAGGCGAAUUAGGUGCAUGGCGCACAAAUGCAAUGCUGUUUGUGAUGAAUCUGUUGUGAGAAAUCUAGUCAGUAAAAGGCAUCCCGAUUUGGCCGAGAAAUUUGAUCGAUUUCUUCUCGAGUCCUACAUAGAAGAUAAUAGGAUGGUUAAAUGGUGUCCUAGUACUCCACAUUGUGGAAAUGCAAUACGUGUCGAGGAUGAUGAAUUUUGUGAGGUAGAGUGCUCUUGUGGUCUGCAGUUUUGUUUUAGUUGCUUAUCCGAAGCACAUUCGCCAUGUUCGUGUAUGAUGUGGGAGCUUUGGACCAAGAAAUGUCGAGAUGAGUCGGAAACAGUAAAUUGGAUCACUGUUCAUACAAAGCCAUGUCCACAGUGUCACAAACCCGUGGAGAAGAAUGGUGGUUGUAAUCUUGUGAGCUGUAUCUGCGGACAAGCAUUUUGUUGGCUAUGUGGGGGAGCUACGGGGCGGGAUCACACUUGGUCAACAAUUGCAGGUCAUAGCUGUGGUCGCUACAAAGAAGAUCAAGCAAAAAAGACUGAACGAGCGAAGCGAGAUCUUUAUCGAUACAUGCACUAUCUCAACCGUUAUAAAGCUCAUACAGAUUCUUUUAAGCUUGAGAGUAAACUCAAGGAGACUAUUUUGGAGAAGAUAUCGAUUUCAGAAGAAAGGGAGUCAAUUCUUAGAGAUUUCAGUUGGGUAACGAACGGACUCAAUAGGCUUUUCAGAUCGAGACGGGUUCUUUCAUAUUCAUACCCAUUUGCAUUCUACAUGUUUGGAGAAGAAAUAUUCGUUGACGAGAUGACAAAUAAGGAAAGGGAAAUAAAACAGCAUUUAUUUGAGGAUCAACAGCAGCAACUCGAGGCAAAUGUUGAGAAACUCUCUAAGAUUUUAGAAGAGCCCUUUGAUCAAUACAGUGAUGAUAAAGUAACGGAGAUGAGAAUGCAAAUCAUCAAUCUCACCGUGAUCACUGAUACCCUUUGCAAGAAAAUGUAUGAAUGCAUCGAGAACGAUCUAUUGGGAUCUCUCCAAUGCAAUACACAUAACAUAGCUCCGUACAAAUCUAAGGGCAUCGAGAAAGCAUCCGAGCUUGCCGUUUGUUGGAACAGUAAACCGAGUACUACCGAGAAAUGUGUUACAUCUGAUUCUAGCACUAGCGGCAAACGGGAUCGACCUUUUGGUUUUGGGAGUUCGGAAGACAGUGGUUGCCCGUCCCAGAGGCGACCUAAAAAGGAGACUUAUGGCGGUGUAUUCUUCGAUAUAAGUAUGCCAGCUGAAGUUCUUCAUAGGAAUUGAUUUUUUUUUUUCUUUUCCUGCUUUAUUUUUAGAUAAUGUACAGAUCUAACUGGAGACUAAUAUUUUGCUUAAUGGGAUUUGCCUGUUUAUAUUUUCUGGUACUUAUUCUAUACAUAGAUAUGGGUCUUUUAUCUUUUAAGGAACUUUGAACUGUACAUAAGCCAUAUGUUGGGCUUUGUUUUUUUCUUAUGGUGUCUUUUUUUAACAUAAUAUGCAAAUUAAUCCUUUUAUAUUUGAUAAAA